GCGUCACGCAAUCCCCGCCAUCAAACUAUUCAAUCUUGCAUAACUCUGGAUAACAAGGGGCGAUCCAGUGAGGACAGACCAAGUUUUUAGCACAGCGACCGUUGAAGAUGCCGUUGUUUUCACGAAGAAAAUUUCCAGACAUAAAAGUAGACAAUGUAGAUGAAAAAACUCUAUGCGAUGUACUCACAGACCAUAAAGACUUCAAGCUUUCCAAUGAACAAAAAAGGGGUUAUUUCGAAGUUCGAAAUAACAUUAAUUGCACUCUUAAAAACCGUGCCAACAACGUUAAAGUGGUUAUCUAUAUUGAUAAUGCGUACAUUCAAAUCAUCGCAGGCAAAGCAGAAAACCAUAUAAAUAUCUAUAUAAACAGUGACGCCUCCGUUAAAAAAGAAUGGAGAGAAGAAAAUGACGAUUUAGAGUAUGAAAUAGAUGUAGAAAAACUUAACGCAAAAAGUGUGCAUGAUGAAAUGCAAAAGUUCACUCACAAAUUCGAAGGAGCUGAAAAGCAGAAGCAGGGCUUCUACAAUGUUCGAGAAAAAAUUAAUGGCCUUGUCGGAUUUUUUUCGGACAAUAUACGUUUAUCAUUAAUCGUCGACGAUAUUCUUCCCAAACCAAUCGUUUUCAAGGCUGGAAAAGAGGAAAACCAACUUUGCAUUUUCAUCAAAAGCGAUGGGACACUAUAUUGGGAGUGGGAAAAGAGAACGUGGAAAAAAAAAAUUUUUGAUUUCUUCAGACAUGUAUUUUCUUCAGAGACUUUUCAUAGAAUUGCACAGGACCUCAUCAGGAUAUUUGCCCCACGUGUUGUUGUUGGUGGUUAACAAAGUUUGACAGGUUUAUUGAUCGAUUUGAAUGCAAAAAUGUAAGAUAAAAAAAUAAUGUGAGAUGAAAUUGCUUUAAGUUUUAAGGACUGUUUGAUUUAUCUACAACAGUGGGGAAUAUUUUAAAGAAGUGAGUUGUUUUCUAUGUACUUUUGCGUGGCUUAGGUUAAAAAGAUGUUACCUCUUUUAUUGACCAAACUGCGCUCGAAAAAUUUGCUUUGCCAUCGAUAUUUCACCUAAUAAAGCACUUUUUUAUUAACAACAUACAAGGUAAACAAUCGAUUGAUAAAAAAUGAAAAACUUUUUUUUAUCUCACAACCAUUUUAUGCAAAGCAAAAUUUACUAGUAAGAACUAAUAAUUAGAAUGAAAAUAAAUAUUGAAAAAGUUUUACAAAUGAUUAAGCAAGAUAGACAUUUCUACAAUGCUUCAUUGUAUUGUACUUUAAAUUGCUCAAUUAUUCAUGUUGUCGGUCACCUGAGGCCCUUGGGUGACCUAUUGCAAUAGGUUUUCUUCCGUCGUCGUGCGUCGUCAGUUGUCUGUCGUCCGUUGACAUAUUUACAUUUAAAACAUUUUUGAAACUACAAGACCAACUUUUACCAUUUGUUUUUCUUUGAAACACUCAUAGGAUAAGUAAAAUAUAAAUAUAAAUUUAUGAGCUUAAAACCCCCGGACCUCACAGACAGCAACAAAUAGGGAAUAAAAAAAAACCCAAAAGUAUAUUUAUGAUGUCCAUGCAGUCCUCUGUCAAUAUUGUGAAAGUCAUUGCCCCUUGGUCAAGAAUUCAUCAUAUCCUAGGGCGGAGCAAAUAUGACCAUAUAGUUCGUAACUUUCCAUUAGUGACGACGUGAUAUUGAUCGGCGAGUAAUUAUUCUCAUCGCUUGAAUUGUUUUGUUGCAAAUGUAUCAAUACUGUGAACUUUACUGACUUUCCAGUUCACACAGUUUAAACUGCUAAUCGUUAUACGUUCUAAAGCAUGAUAAGAACUAUAUAUGAUAUGAGUUAAAUUUGGCCCCCAUAAAUCGCCAAUUUCAAAGUGUUUCGGGUACAAUGAAAUGGCAUGGUUUUUUUUUAGAAGAAUUGAUAUAAAAUAUAUUUUUCACCUAUCAUUUAAUUUAUUUGCACUUACCGAGAGUAUCUGACGUCAGAAGUGACGCUAUUUCUAUAAUUCAAUCGAAAUUAGUCAAAAAUGGACAUUGUUCUUAUCUUUUUACGAAUGGGAAAUAAUGAGCACAUGCUUGAAUAAAAAAAAAUUGUCAAUUACUAAUCUUGGGUAGAUGUAUUUCUGAUUAAGAUAUUUUGUUUGUUCAAGAAUGUGCUCUAUGUUUUCUGAAAGAAGAACUGCUUGAAAACAUGUCGUUGUAUGCAAAAAGGCGGGAUUAUGUCAUAUUUCU